AUGGCAAAACCAAUUCAAACUACAAAGAAAGACGCACUCUACGUUAACUACGACUUAAUAAAUCAAUCCUUUUUGGACUACUACACUGCUCAAGGAAUCGUAGAACCAAACGAGAGAGACUUGUUUAUCGAAAGUAUUAAAACACCACUUCCAACUUCUUUUAGACUUACAAAGACUUCCGAGUCAUUUCCUCUUGUUAAAAAAUGCAUUGAGGAAAUUAUUCAGUCGCUCCCAGACGAGUUAAAACCACAGACAUUUCAGUGGAACCCUUACACUUAUCAGGUGAAUGUAAGAAGAAGACAAGUCAAAGAAUGCGCUCAAUAUGAGAAAUUACACAAGUUCAUGGUGUUGAUGAAUGAAGCUGGAGAGAUCUCAAGACAAGAAAUAGUGUCGAUGAUACCUGCACUUCUUCUUGAUGUGCAUGAAGGAAUGAGUGUCUUGGACAUCUGCGCAGCGCCAGGAUCAAAGACAUCACAACUUGUUGAAAUGACUGGGAAGAAUGGAUGUGUCGUUGCAAAUGAUGCAGACAGACAGAGAGCAAAAUUGUUGAUUCACCAAACGAUGAGACUGUCAAUGCCGCAUGUUGUAAUCACUAACUACAAAGCACAGGUACUUAACUUCGACGGAUUUUUAUUUGAUCGAAUGUUGUGUGAUGUACCAUGUAGUGGCGAUGGAACUAUUCGAAAGAAUGCAGACUCGCGUACAAAAUGGAAUGUGAUGGGUGGUUAUGGCUUACACCGCGAGCAAAUUGACAUUAUGAAGAAUGUGAUAUGUCACUUGAAAGUUGGAGGGAAGUUUGUGUAUUCCACAUGCAGUUUAAAUCCAAUUGAAGACGAGGCGGUCGUCUCUGAAAUCCUUCGCACGUAUGGUGACGCGGUUGAGUUAAUUGAUGCACGAAACACACUUCCAGGUCUCAAGUACAAACAAGGCAUUUCUACUUGGAAAGCAUUUGAUAAUGAAAUGAAAGAAGUUGCUGAACCCUCCACCAAAAUACCAAAAUCGACAUUCCCACCAAGUGAAGACGAAGCCAAAAAGUUCCAUUUGGAGUAUACUCUUCGCAUUUUACCACACUUGCAGAACACAGGCGGAUUUUACACCGCAGUCUUUGUUAAAAAGGGCGAAACGCCACUCAAAAAGAGGAAACCAAAGUAUGUUAAAAAAGAUCAACAACUUGAACAACCAGAAAAGAAAGCCGAGACCAAGGAGAAACUGACCAAAAAAAUGAUGAGACUUGGGGGGAAUAUUGGUCCACAAGUCAUGAAAAAGCUUCUCGAGACUGAGAAUGGAGAAACCAUCUUUGCGCACUUAAAAGAGUAUUAUGGGUUUACAGAGACAUUCCCCAAAGAGCAACUCUAUGUGAUGGCGGAAGACCGAGCACAGAUUUCUUUUGUAUCUAAAAUUGGGUGUGAGGUGAUGAAGGACUUAAAAGUGUUGAGUGCCGGUGUUAAGAUCUUCAAAAGGAAGAAAGGAGAGAAGUUUGAUUCGUAUCGUGCGGGUAGUGAGGGGAUUGGUGUUUUAAAAGAAUUCAUUGGGGAGAAGAGGAAGCUUGUGAUAAGCACUGAUAUGCUUGUCCGGCUCUUAAAAGAGACUGAAGUGAAGAACAGUGAGUUUGGAAGGACUUUUGAUGGAUGUGGGAGUUAUGUGAUUCAACUGAACGAUGGGGAGUUAAAAUGGAACUGCCUUUGUGGAUGGGUUGGGAAAGAAAGUGUCAAGCUGUCUAUCUCAAAACAAGAGCUGGAGUGCUUUGGGCUCAUUUUUGGAGUUGGGGAUAAAAAGGUUAUCGGCACGGCGCCACACGAGGAUGACGUGUGCGACACGAAAAUUGAGAAAAAGUAA